CGCUGGCUGCUUUAGAAUGUUUGGCUGUGACUGUGAGACGAGACGAGACGCGGCGAUGGGAACGCGUUUGCUGCGGCCGCUGAGCGAGGCGCAGCUGAAGCGGUUGGAGGAGCACCAGUACCGCGCGGCCGGCCGCUCGCUGCUCGACCCGGCGCUGCAGCUCUACUGGUGCUGGCUGCUGAACCUGGUGCCCGCCUGGCUGGCGCCCAACGCCAUCACCCUGCUUGGCCUCGCCACCAACCUGCUCAGCACCCUGCUGCUCGUCUACCACUGCCCCCGCGGCACCGAGCAGGCACCGGGGUAUGUGUAUGUGCUGUGCGGUCUCGGAUUAUUUAUCUACCAGACGUUGGAUGCCCUUGAUGGGAAGCAGGCUCGAAAGACCAACACUUGCACUCCACUUGUGGAACUGUUUGACCAUGGUUGUGAUUCUUUUUCUACAGUUGUGGUCGGUUUGAGCACCUGUCUGGCCAUUCGCUUGGGAACCGAUUCUGACCUGAUGUUCUUCUCCUGCUUUAUCGGGCUGUUCGUCUUCUACUGCGCCCACUGGCAAGUAUAUGUCUUGGGCUUCAUGCGGUUUGGAAAAGUUGAUGUAACUGAAGUUCAAAUCUGCGUAAUGCUCAUCUUUUUCUUGUCUGCCAUUGGAGGAGCAACACUGUGGGACAACGUGAUUCCAGUAUUAGGAAUACGGAUGAAAAUACUUGCAGUGUUUGGGAUAAUCGCUGGCGCUAUCUAUUCCUGUGUCAAAUACUUCCAAGUCAUCUUUACUGGCGGCAUGGGGAAAAAUGGCUCCACAAUAGCGGGAACCAGCGUUCUCUCGCCAGCCUUGCACAUCGGGCUUGUUAUGGUAAUGGCCGCAAUGAUCUACAAGAAAUCCACUACACAUUUGUUUGAGGAACACCCUUGUCUCUAUGUCCUGGCAUUCGGAUGCGUGACUUCAAAAGUCACCAACAAAUUGGUGGUGGCACACAUAACCAAAAGCAAGAUGAAGCUACAAGACACAACAUUCAUCGGACCUGCACUGCUCUUCUUCAAUCAGUACUUCAAUAGCUUUAUUAAUGAGUAUUAUGUACUGUGGGUAGCAAUGAUCCUGUCUCUGUGCGACCUGCUGCUUUACUACACGACCGUCUGCAUUCAGAUUGCGGCACACCUGCGCAUCGAGGUCUUCCGCAUCCCCCUGCAAGCAGCAGAGCAGAAGCAGAGCCACAACGAGUGACAAUUUGCCCAGCAGGAGGAGCGGCGAGGGACCACCAGAACAAUGCCACCACGACCAAACACUAACCCCACACCUCCUCGUU